GUGAAAUUUGCACUAGCUUGACCAUAGUAAAAAAAAAAAAAAUUGGCAUUACAGUUAGAAAUUGAUUCUUUUCUGACACUAACAGAAAACAGGAUCAGCUGAAAAUGGAAUAAGAGUUUUCAAUUAUCAGUUGCUGCUUAUAAACCUUAUACUAUAUCAAGUUCCAAGUUCACCGUACUUGAAUUUUGAAUAUUUGGAGCUAGGAAAACAAUAAAGUGAGCUAAGUUAUACCAAUUACAUGGCUACUCAAAUUGGUGGUUCACUUGUUUGUGGAGUUGCUAUUGAAGGGGUUGUGAAAAGAACAAAACUCAACAAUGAGGUUGGGAAGUGUAAUUUCCAUUUUAGAAUAGCAACAGAAAGAAGGGCUUGGAAUUCCAUCGGGAUUCUUCACAAGAAAGUGGUUUCUUUUGACAAUUUUGUGAGGCACUGUGGUUUGGUUGCUAAUGAACCCAUUUCUGAUGUUGGGUUGAGUCAUUUUGAUGUGCAUAAUGAUGAUGAUGAUGAUAGUGCAUUAUCAGAAAAUGGCAUCUUGAUCAACAAGAAGAAUUUUGUGUUUGAUGGGGUAAAUUUAGAAAACAAACCUAAAGUUCCAAGUGUACAAACUGAGCUUAUAAUGCUUUCUAUACCUGCAAUUGCUGGACAAGCAAUUGAGCCCUUAGCGCAAUUGAUGGAGACUGCUUACAUUGGCAGAUUGGGAGUAUUGGAGUUGGCAUCUGCUGGUGUUUCCAUGUCAAUUUUUAACAUAGUAUCAAAGGUUUUCAACAUUCCUCUCCUUAGUGUGGCAACUUCUUUUGUAGCAGAAGAAAUUGCAGCCAAUCCAAUCAAUAAUGAAGGUCCCCAUGAUCAAGCUAAAAGAAUGUUUCUACCAUCUGUUUCUACUGCCUUAGUCUUAGCAGCAGGAAUUGGUAUGAUUGAGGCUUUGGCUAUGUUCUUUGGAUCUAGAUUGUUCCUCAUCAUGGUUGGAAUAUCAUCAGACUCACCAAUGCGGAUUCUAUCAGAGCGAUUUUUGUCACUUAGAGCCAUCGGUGCUCCGGCCGUGGUCAUUUCUCUGGCUGUGCAAGGAAUAUUUAGGGGAUUUAAAGACACUAGGACCCCUGUACAAUGUUUAGGUUUUGGCAAUUUGGCUGCAGUGUUUUUGUUUCCUGUACUUAUUUAUAAUUUUAACAUGGGUGUGGCUGGAGCUGCCUUGUCCACUGUCAUAUCUCAGUACAUUGUGGCCACUUUGAUGAUAUGGAGUCUCAGUAAAAGGACUAAACUGUCAAUCCCAAAUAUUAGAAGCCUACCUUUUGGUGGAUACUUGAGAUCUGGUGGUUUUCUUCUUGGAAGAACUUUAGCUUCUGUAAUGACAAUAACUUUGAGCACAACAAUGGCUGCACGUCUCGGACCCUUAGCCACGGCAGCACAUCAGAUAUGUUUGCAAGUAUGGUUAUCUGUAUCACUUCUUGUAGAUGCACAGGGAGCAGCUGGUCAGGCUCUUGUUGCAAGUUUCUUGGCCAAGGGUGACUACAAUACUGUAAAAGAAGUAACUUACUUCGCUUUAAAGAUUGGAGUACUCACUGGAGUCAUGUUAGCUAUAAUUUUGGGUACCUCUUUUGGUUCUCUAGCAACCCUUUUCACUCAAGACAUUGAAGUCUUAGGUAUUGUUAAAUCUGGUCUACUGUUUGUCAGUGCUAGCCAACCUUUAACUGCUUUGGCUUAUAUCUUUGAUGGACUGCAUUAUGGAGUUUCAGACUUCUCCUUUGCUGCUUAUUCUAUGAUGUUAGUAGGUGCAAUCUCUUCUACAUUCUUGCUUUUAGCUCCUUCAGUCAUUGGUAUACAAGGAAUCUGGUAUGGUUUAGCUCUUUUCAUGGGCCUCCGGACAAUUGCCGGAAUUAUGAGAUUAUUAUCAAAAGAUGGACCAUGGUGGUUCUUGCAACUAGACAACCACGAAUUGAAGUCGGUGUAGUAGCAGGAGUCAGAAGAACAAUUGGACAUGUGAAAUUUUUAAAUUACGGUAAAUGAUAAAUUGAUAAUCUCUAGCAAAGCUCACAUGUUUUUCAGGAGAAGAGAAUAAAAAAAGUAAAUGGCUAGAGAUGUUGGAUUUUUUGUUGGACUUUGUAAUUAUGGAACUUUCUUUUUAUCGGCCACAAGAUCAUGCCUUUGUUAGAGAGUUUGGAAUUGUAAUUGCUAUUGUUAUUUAAUUGUAUUAUAAUUUUGGGAA